GUUACGAUUUUUAAAAAACAAGUUUAUUUGUGCACUUUUCUUUUAAAGAUUUUUGUUCUGUAAAUUAGGAAAAUAAUUUCUGGUUAAAAUGCGGAUGUCUCAGUUCUAUUGUGGACCAGUAUCUAUGUUGGUUAUUUGUUUAUUUCAAAACUUUUUACUGUUUGUUAAUCUAUUUCUGCAGUGUGCUAGUGAGUCAGAACUUCAGUUACUCAAUGUGGUAUUCAGACAUGGAGAUCGGGCUCCUGAUAGAGAACUUGGUGAAGACUACCCCAACAAUCCCAAUAGUAAUAAUCCAUUAUUUCCUAUGAGAUCAGGUGGAAUGACGAAUGUAGGUAAAAACAGAUCAUACUUUCUGGGAAAAAUUCUUCGCAGGCGAUAUAAUGAUUUUUUGGGCUCUAUAUACUUGCCUGAAAAUAUCAAAGCCCGCAGUACGGAUUCUGAGAGAACAAUAAUGAGUCUGCAAUUGGUUCUGGCUGGAUUAUAUCCUCCUCAUUCUCUACAAAAAUGGAAUCAAAAUCUCAAUUGGCAACCAAUACCUUAUACAUACGUAAAAAAGAGUAGAGACUGGUUAUUGUGGCCAACCACGUGCCCUAAAUACAUUGAGGAAUAUGAAAGAGUACAAAAAAUGCCUGAAGUGGUGGCCAAAGUGGCAGAAUUUUCAGGUUUAAUGGAUAGCCUCACAAAACUGACAGGGAAGAAUAUAAGUAGUGUUAGAGAUAUACUUAUAUUACAUAACACACUCGAAAAUGAAUUUUUGAUGAACUUAACAAUUCCGGAUUGGGGAAAAGAAUACCUAGCUAGUGGAGAAUUAGCACAAAUUAGUGCUUUCCAAGUCGAGCUGAGGAAUUACAAUACGUUGCUCAAAAGAAUAAACGGCGGAAUAUUAUUGAAAAAAAUAACAGAAGAUAUGGUUGCUGCAAAAAAUGGAUCACUGGAUAAAGGUCGAAAAAUUACACUAUACAGUUGUCAUGACCUUAACAUAGGAGCACAGCUUCUUGCUCUCGGUAUCGCCAAACCACAUUUACCUAAUUAUGCCAGUUCAGUGAUUUUAGAACUUCAUCGAGAUAAUGGUCAAUAUUUUGUACAAGUCUUGUAUUACAAGGGUAUUCCUUCUGUCAUGGAAGUUAGAAGAAUUCCAGGCUGUUCUACAUUGUGCCCGCUUGAAAAAUUCAUCGCAUUGUUGGAGGAAGUUAUGCCAAAUGAUGAAGAACUGAACUGUCUACCCUGAUUAUAUUCAUUUUAUCAUGGUUGACACAUAAAUAAUUUCAGCUAUGUAUAUAGAAAUGAAACUAAGUUUUUACUAAGAAGAAAAAAUGCGAAAAAUUAAUAAAUUUAAUUUAAAGAGU